CCUGCGUGAGUUCGGCUGUUGGUGCUUGAGUGGUGAACCGAGAGGUCGCGGUGGGUGGGCGAGCGGCUUCGGGCGAGGAAGGAGCUAAUCCAGAAUGGCUACUCUCAUCUUUGUUGAUAAGGAAAAUGGAGACCUAGACACCCGCGUGGCUUCUAAGGAUGGACUGAAGCUGGGAUCUCGGCCUGCAGCCAAAGUUUUAGAUGGCAGAGAACAGGUUUCAGCAGCACAUGUUGGCAAGAUGUUUGAUGCUCCGGCAGCCUUACCUAAAACCAUCAGAAAGGCUUUGGGAACUGUCAACAGAGCCACAGAAAAGCCAGCAAAGAUGAAUGGACCCCUCAAACAGAAACAGACCACCUUCUCUUCCAAAAAGAUGGCUGAGAAGACUGUGAAAGUACAAAGCUCUGCUCCUGCCUCUGAUGACACCUACCCAGAAAUAGAGAAAUUCUUCCCUUAUAAUCCUCUAGAUUUUGAGAGUUUUGACCUCCCCGAAGAGCACCAGAUUGCACACCUGCCUUUGAAUGGAGUGCCUCUCAUGAUCCUCGAUGAGGAGCAGGAACUUGAAAAGCUGCUGCAGAUGGGCCCCCCUUCACCACUGAAGAGGCCCACUCCACCGUGGGAGUCUAAUGUGUUGCAGUCUCCUUCCAGCAUUCUGUCAGCCCUGGAUAUGGAUUUACCACCUGUUUGCUAUGACUUCGAUAUUUAAAUUUCUUAGUGUUUCUAGCUGGUGUGUGCAUGUUUUUGUAUUAAUAAAGCAUUUC